GUUUGUUUUGGCGGUCUGAAGAAAGCGGGUAGUCCAGCAGAGGAACAGAAGGAAGGAAAGGAGACAGGCAGAGGACUAGAAGGAAGGAGAGGAGUCCAGCAGAGGACUAGAAGGAAGGAGAGGAGUCCAGCAGAGGACUAGAAGGAAGGAAAGGAAACCAGCAGAGGACUGGAAGGAAGGAAAGGAGACCAGAGUGAGAACACAGGUGAGGAUGACGAUGUUGGACUGUUCUUCCUGCUGUUCCUGGGUCAGUAGACUCAGAUGUCCCCGACCUCACGGCUUUGUAGCCCACGUUAUUACCAAAGUGUGUCUGGGAGCGUUGUUGUUUGGUGUGGUCUGGUCCAUCGCUGAGAAGGAGUGUUAUCCAGGGGGGAAUCUGUUCGGCAUCAUCAUCUUGUUUCUCUGUGCUGUGAGUGGAGGAAAACUGGUCGGACUGAUCCAACUCCCCACACUGCCCCCCUUCCCCCCUUUACUUGGUAUGUUGCUGGCAGGUCUGGUGCUGCGUAACGUCCCGUAUGUAACUGAGGCGGUCCACAUUGAUCAGGCCUGGUCAGCAGCUCUGAGGAAUGUCGCCCUGGCCAUCAUACUGACCCGUGCUGGACUGGGCCUUGACCCUUUGGCUCUCCGCAGACUCAAGGGGGUGUGUGUGCGACUGGCAGUAGCUGUGAUGUCUCACUUCCUGAUGGGCUUGCCUUGGGUCUGGGGAUUCGUACUGGGGUUUGUUCUGAGUGCUGUAUCUCCAGCGGUGGUGGUGCCCUCCAUGUUGCUGCUCCAGAAGGAUGGCUACGGCGUGGAGAAGGGAAUCCCUACUCUGCUGAUGGCUGCUGGGAGUUUUGAUGACAUCCUGGCCAUCACAGCGUUCACCACCUCUCUGGGCGUGGCCUUCGCCUCAGACUCUACAUGGCUCAACGUACUGAAAGGUGUGCUCGAGGUGGUCGGAGGAUCAGCGGCUGGCCUGCUACUAGGACUCUUCAUCUGUUUCUUCCCCAGUCCAGAUCAGGAGGAAUUGGUAUUGAGGAGAAGUGCCAUGUUACUGGGUCUGUCUGUGUUUGCUGUGUUUGGGAGCCAUGUAGCAGGGUUCUCUGGUGCUGGGGGUCUCUGUACUCUGGUCAUGGCCUUCAUAGCUGCGCUGAGUUGGGGGGCAGAGAAGGCCCCAGUAGCAGCAGUGGUAGGGAGGUUCUGGGACAUCUUCCAGCCUCUGCUGUUUGGACUGGUAGGAGCAGAAAUUACAGUAUCUACACUGGACCCUAAUACAGUGGGUCUGGGCAUGGCAUGUCUAGGGACAGGUCUGGUUGUCAGGGUUCUCUUCACGUUCCUCAUGGUGUUCUUUGGUGGAUUCAACACAAAGGAGAAGCUGUUUAUCUCUGUGGCUUGGCUUCCCAAGGCCACAGUACAGGCAGCGAUAGGUUCUAAAGCCCUGGACAUGGCCCGUGUGUCAGGGGAUGAGGUUCUGGUGAAGUACGGUCUGGAUGUUCUGACUGUGGCGGUUCUGGCCAUCCUCACUACAGCACCUAUCGGAGCCCUGGGGAUCGGCCUGGCAGGGCCCAGACUGCUGACUAGACACACGGAGGACACACACGCAGACAGGAAAGAGGGUGACUUGGAGGCAGACACGGAGACGCAACAGAAAGACAUGGUGACCGAGAGCAAAUUAUAACGAGAGGAGCACUAGAGGUUCUGGGGGGGGCAGGGGGGGACAGUGCCCCUGUGACAACAAUUUUGGACCCCCUUGUGGCCCCCCCUAAAUGUGGAGUAUGAAAUCAUUUUUACAUAACACAUUUUUGCUAUCGUUCUUUUUUACAUCCGUUAAUAGACAUUGGCAACAAUGAUGAUUGUGAACAUGGUCUUUUGCCUGCUAAUGCCUACAAUGCAGUAAAGAAAACGAUAUGACAACAGUAACAUUUCAUGUAACUGGCCCCUCUAACAGUACAACUGGCCCCAGCUUGGCCCCCCCCCAGUUGAAAUGGUCUAGAACCGCCACU